AUGAAAGGUGUUAUAUGCUUUGGGAAGAAACGGAAGUUGGCAUCGUGGUUUGUCGGACCAUUCAUGAUCACGGAUCGCGUUGGAGCUAUUGCUUAUAGGUUAGCACUUUCGGAUACUUUGGAUCACCCGGAUGCAACCUAUUUGGAGUCACCGUGUUGUAUUGUUGACCGUAGGGAUCAAAUCCUUCAAAACAAGGUUAUUCUUUUGGUUCGUGUGCAGUGUAGUCUUCACAAUGAGGCUGAAUCCACUUGGGAAUGGGAGGAUGUCUUUCGCUCGCCGUUUCCUGAAUUAUGGAAAGAAAGUUCUAUGGCUUCAUGGGAAGCCAUGUUUGCGUCUUAG